AAAUAAAUUCUACUCUCUCCUCUGCUCUGGUUCUGUCACUAGAGAAGCUAACAAAGCUCUCUGCUAUUUCAGUUUCUUCUCUCUUAACCAUUUUUUCAAGAAGCCAAAAAGGGAUUUCUCUCUAGGUGAAGAAGAACAUCCUAUUAAUUCUCUGUUUUGUGUAUUUUUCCUUUUUAACAUUAAAAAAGCCAGUAAAACAAACCCAAAACAGAGAGACAGAGACAGAAACCAGAGAUGAGUUUCACUGUCUUUCUUUUCUCCAUUCUCAUUUUCAUCACGAACCCCAUUUGGGUUUGUGGUAAUGCAGAGCUUGGAGCACUCAUGAACAUCAAAGCUAGUUUAGACCCUGAAGGUUUGUACCUUUCUUCAUGGGCCGUUAAUGGAGAUCCUUGUGAUGGCUCAUUCGAUGGUGUAGCAUGCAAUGGUUUGGGACGUGUGGCUAACAUUUCACUUCAGGGGAAGGGACUCUCUGGCAAGCUCUCUCCUGCCAUUGCUGGCCUCACUCACUUGACUGGCCUUUAUCUGCACUAUAACACUUUGUACGGAGAGAUACCAAAAGAAAUCUCCAACCUCAGAAAUCUCACAGAUUUGUAUCUCAAUGUUAAUAAUCUCUCUGGCCAGAUUCCUCCUUCGAUUGGAAACAUGGCCAACUUGCAAGUUUUACAGCUGUGCUACAAUCAGUUGACUGGAAGCGUACCUACUCAACUGGGAUCUCUAAAGAAACUCACUGUCCUUGCCUUGCAAUCUAACCACCUCACUGGAGCAAUACCAGCAAGUUUAGGAGAUGUGGAAAUGUUAAUGAGGCUAGAUUUGAGUUUCAACCAUCUCUUUGGCUCCAUCCCCAUUAAACUAGCUGAUGCCCCUUUGCUAGAAGUUCUUGACAUUAGAAACAAUAGUCUUUCCGGCAGUGUUCCUCUUGCUUUAAAGAAACUUAAUGAAGGAUUCGGAUAUGAAAACAAUCUCGGAUUAUGUGGAAGUGGAUUUGCAGCAUUGAACCCUUGUAACUCUUCAGAUCAUGUUAAUCCAAAUAGACCUGAACCAUUUGGCACUGGCUCAGCUGGUUUGCCAACAAGAGACAUACCAGAGACAGCAAAUGUUAAGCUGCCUUGCGGUGAAACUGGGUGUUCGAAUGUGUCGAGAUCCCAUCAAGCCUCUUUCGUUGUUGGUACUGUGGCAGUAUCUAUUGCAUUGUUAGCCAUAGGAAUUCUAUCUUUCACUCAAUAUCGUCGGAGGAAGCAGAGGCUCGCGACCUCUUUAGAGGUUGCUGAGGGACGGCUUAGUACUGACCAUCAAGCUAAAGGGAUGGUUAGGAAAAAUGGAUCCCCUCUUAUCAGCCUAGAGUAUUCUAAUGGUUGGGAUCCUUUGGCUGAUGGAAAGAAUAUGAGUGCAUUUGCUCAAGAAGUUUUCCACAGCUUUCGGUUCAAUUUGGAUGAGGUUGAGGCUGCUACUCAUUACUUCUCAGAAGUGAAUUUGUUGGGAAAGAGUAACUUUUCUGCAACUUAUAAAGGGAUAUUGAGAGAUGGGUCACUGGUUGCUAUCAAGGGCAUUGGUAAAUCAUGCUGUAAGUCAGAGGAUGCUGAGUUCUUGAAAGGGUUGAACAUGUUGACCUCAUUGAGGCAUGAGAAUCUAGUUAAGCUAAGAGGGUUUUGUUGCUCAAGAGGCCGCGGCGAGUGCUUUCUCAUCUACGAUUUCGUGCCUAAUGGAAACUUACUGCAAUAUCUUGACGUGAAGGAUGGUGAUGGUGAGGUCCUUGAAUGGUCAACUAGAGUUUCUAUUGUCAAGGGCAUUGCCAAAGGUGUAGCUUUUCUACAUGCAUUCAAGCCAAACAAACCUGCUCUUGUCCAUCAAAACAUCUCAGCCGAGAAGGUCCUCAUCGACCAGCGGUUCAACCCGCUGCUCUCAAAUUCCGGCCUGCAUAAGCUUCUUACCAAUGAUGUUGUCUUCUCAGCACUCAAGGCUUCCGCCGCCAUGGGCUACUUAGCUCCAGAGUACACUACCACCGGCCGUUUUACAGAGAAAAGCGAUGUCUAUGCAUUUGGGGUGCUAGUACUCCAAAUUCUCUCUGGGAAACGGAAAGUUUCCAACUCAAUCCGUGUUGGAGCCGAAUCAGGCAGAUUCCAAGACUUCAUUGAUUUGAACCUCCAAGGCAGAUUCUUUGAAUAUGAAGCUUCAAAGCUUGCAAAGAUUGCUCUGUUAUGUACUCACGAAUCACCCAUUGAGAGGCCCUCCAUGGAAUCAGUUGUUCAAGAGUUGAGUACCUGCAGUAGCUGCUUGAGUCUCUGAUUCAACCAUUAUUUGGUAAUGGUGAAAAGCUAGAGAUAUGACUCUUACUAACUUGGCUUACUGGUAGUUAUAUAACUGUAGGAGUUUCCUUUUUUUCUUUACUCCAUGUUUUGGAAUUGGAAUGUCCUUUUCUUUAGGACCAAAUUAGCUUUGUUGGGAAGUGUUAAAUCUUGGGGUUCUAUUGUAGAAUGGAUAUGCAUUGUUUUUGGGGGCUCUUUUCUUCUGUAAUCACCUAUUUUGUGUACUGAGAUAAUUGGCUUGUAAAGAGGUGAACUUUGUCCUCCAUUAACAAAGCUUUUGACCUAUUAAUUUAUU